UUUUGGCUCUCAUUCACGCGCUUCUCCUCAUUUCCCAGCCAGGUGCUUCGCGAGGCGAGAAUCCUGCGAGAAAAAAGCGCGCAAACAGACUUCACCUCCCGCGCUGGAUUUUGUGGCGCGCGUUGCUGUUCUUCUCUCAGCCCAACAGUAGAUUUUGAAGACGAAAAAAUCUUUUAACUUCACGACAAACACGGAAGAAUUACUGGAGUUGUUCAUCCCCUCCCCCGUUUGUGUACGGAUCUCCAGAAGUGGCAUGAUCCGUGUCUGUGUGCAAGACAGGUGAAUACUAUUUUUUCUUGGUUGGCUGAAGAACUUUUUGUCGUUAGGCUAUUUUAACAAAGAACUUUAAACGGACGCUGUGAAAAUGUCCAAGCCUGUAGAUCACAUCAAGAGACCCAUGAACGCCUUCAUGGUGUGGUCAAGAGGUCAGAGGAGGAAAAUGGCUCAAGAGAAUCCCAAAAUGCACAAUUCAGAGAUAAGUAAAAGACUUGGCGCCGAGUGGAAACUGCUCUCUGAAUCCGAGAAGCGACCGUACAUCGACGAGGCCAAAAGGCUGAGGGCUCAACACAUGAAAGAACAUCCAGACUACAAAUACAGACCCAGACGCAAACCCAAGAACCUCCUCAAGAAGGACAGGUACGUGUUCCCUCUGCCCUACCUGGGCGACGCGGAUCACCUGAAGGGACUUCCGGUCUCUGCCACGGACUCUCUCUUAGGUUGCUCGGAAAAAGCCCGUGCGUUCCUGCCACCGACAUCUGCCCCUUACUCCUUCCUCGACCCGAGCCAGUUCAGCUCCAGCGCCAUUCAGAAGAUGACAGAGAUGCCGCACACGUUGGCCACCGGCACUUUACCUUACGCAUCAUCUCUGGGAUACCAGAACGGCGCGUUCGGGAGUCUGGGUUGCCACAGCCAGCACACCCACACUCACCCAUCGCCCACAAACCCUGGGUACGUGGUGCCCUGUAACUGCACCGCAUGGUCACCAUCGAGUUUACAGCCGCCUGUUGCCUACAUACUGUUCCCAGGUAUGACCAAGAGUGGGAUUGACCCGUACUCAUCAGCACACGCCGCUGCAAUGUGACUCUGCCAAUAAAAACAGUCUCCUCUUUGAAAACUUGAAUACAGCAAUGCAUGUACAUAAGAAGAGAGGAAUGGUCGAGACAUAUAUACUGAGCCGUGUGGACAUGAACUUCUCAUCAUACGAGAGGUUCCUUGGAUCCCAGCACGGAUCUUGGAAUAGAUGUAAGGCAGGUGCCCUGAACUGUAAGAAAUGUAAAUGUUCAAACGUUUAUUAUUAUGGCUACCGAAUUUGGAUGCCUUUAAUUUAAUUUAUUAUGUACAAUUUGAUGCUAUAAUAAUGAUACAUUUUGUUUGUUUUUAUAAUAAUAUUAUUAUUAUUAUUAUUUGAAUGACUUUGAUUUGCACAAUUAACGGUUGGGAUUCAUGUUUAUUGUACAGCCUGUUGUAUUUACCAUUCUUUUUGGCACUCUGAAAUUUAAAUGAAAUGACUAUAGGGAUUUCAAAGUGAGAAAUUCAGCGUUUAAUAUAUUAUACGGGUUAUAUUGUUAAUAUGAUCAAACUGGCACCUAAAAUUAGUCUAUUUAAAGUAUGAAAAAAAAAAUCCUUAUCUUUCAAUAUCUUUAAUUUUGGCAUUUUUUUUCUUUCUUCCUGUGGUUCAUUGCUAGUCACUCAUUCAUUUGAUUUCAGAAAUAACUUAAAGUUUGAAGCGAGCAGUUCAUGUUGUAUUUUUUAUCUGCGAUGGUAACUUAAAUCCUGUCAUGUUAAUGGAAAGGAAAAUGUAUCUAAAAGUGUGAUACCUCGAUUCUUUGUUCAUUUGUCGAACAAAGACAUUU